AUGCUGCACCAAAGAGCUGACGGCACAUUUCUGAUAAGGGAUUCGACGAAUUUUCCAGGAGAUUACACACUAUCAAUGGCUUAUAGGGGAAAGGUGGAACAUUAUCGGAUCUAUCAAAGCGGGGGACAAAUCACAUGUGAUAAUGAGGAAUUCUUUGCGAACCUCACCCAAUUAGUCUCACACUAUAAGCGCGAUGCUGACGGGUUAUGUCAUCGUCUCGUAACUCCAAUAAUAUGCGAGAGCUAUCGAAUUCCCUCGAGCAGUGACACUAUUGAAGAUCGUACAAGUGCUUUUCUCAAAGCUGGUCUUGUUAUACCAUCCGGUGAUAUCCGUCUCGGUGACAUUAUUGGCCACGGCGAAUUUGGAGAUGUUUUGGUGGGAUUCUACAAAGACAAGAAAGUAGCAGUCAAAGUUUCGAAGAGACAUGGCAAUGGAAUGUUAGAUUCGUUGUUGGAUGAAUCACGGUUUAUGGUAGGACUGUCUCAUCGAAAUCUAGUGGCCUUGAUUGGCGUUGUGUUAGAUGAUGCCAACAUUUAUAUGGUGACGGAAUACAUGGCGAAUGGGAACCUUGUGGACUUGUUGCGGUCAAGGGGACGACAUCAAUUGGAAAAGACACAGCUGAUUCAGUUUGCGAUGUAA